AUGGUCCACAAUAUCACCGAGAAAGAAACGCAGCCUACCAUUUGGAGCCACAUCAAUGGCUCCGAGGGCGAUAUCCUCGAUCGCUACUGCAUCUCCGAGCUCUGCAAGGGCUGGCCAGUAUAUCGCGACGCCUCCGAAUGGAACCACUACCGCCAUCUCUUUGUCGACAAGGGCGCUUUUGUCUUCACUACCUGGAGCGGCGGACUCCCCAUAGACGAUUUCAUCCAGACAUCCAUCAAGGGACGCGCCAACGGAGACCAUAUCAUGCAUCGCGAAAACGGCACGCUCGUUGACCUGAACCCGACUACCGGUCGCGCCAUCGGUAAAAUGAAGGCCACCAUUACUCAACGCUUUGAUUGGGACGGCGUCGAGUUUGACGUCGAGUGUGAUUGCCGCUUCAUAAACUUCUGCCUGAAACAAGGAGGGGAUUGGAAAGUGGUCUACAUAAAGCUGUUCUACGAGAAGGAUCGCGUCACCCCCGCAGAUGGCCAGACGGUGCCGAAAUUUGACCGGGCGGAGUUGGAGAAAUACCCCAAGGGAUACCAGUAUCUGGCAGUGGCCCAGGCCAAGCUGGGCCACCCGAUCUUGAACGAUUUGCCCACGAUGAACAACAAGGCGUUUUACAAGUUGUACGAGGCGAUGGAUGCGUGGAUGGAGGCCCGACCGGUCGGAGAUCUACUGGAGAUUCCCAAGGAAGCGUCGCCACGGUAUUGA